AUGCAAAUUGGUACCGAAGUGUACCAUAAUCUGAAGGCUGUUAUCAAACGUGACUAUGGACUCGAUGCAUGCAACGUGGGCGACGAAGGCGGUUUUGCCCCUAAUAUCCAAGACAAUAUGAAAGGUCUUCAACUUCUCGAAGAGGCUAUUAAGAUUGCAGGAUACUCUGGGAAGGUAGAAAUCGGAAUGGAUUGCGCUGCUUCUGAGUACUAUAAAAAUGGAAAAUAUGAUUUAGACUUCAAGAAUCCUCAGUCUCCAGAAAAUACGUGGCUUACCCCAGAUGCAAUGGCUGAUGUCUACAAAGAGAUGAUUGAUAAAUACCCAAUUGUUAGCAUUGAAGAUCCAUUUGAUCAAGAUGACUGGGAAGCCUGGCCUAAAUUGACUGCUUCAACUCAUAUUCAGAUUGUUGGAGAUGACUUGACAGUUACCAAUCCAAAACGAAUUCAAAAAGCAAUUGGUGCUAAGGCCUGUAAUUGUCUACUUCUAAAAGUUGGCACAAAAAGCAGGUUGGGUGUUAUGGUUUCACAUCGCUCAGGUGAAACAGAAGACAACUUCAUCGCCGAUCUAGUCGUUGGUCUUUGUACUGGACAGAUUAAAACCGGUGCUCCGUGUCGAUCGGAACGUCUCGCAAAGUAUAACCAGCUCUUGCGUAUCGAAGAGGAAUUGGGAACAGCAGCAAAAUAUGCUGGCAAACAUUUCCGUCAUCCGAAAUAA